ACUUUACUUGGGCAAUUUCCUCAAUGAAACGGCACUGACGCGAAAACAAGAGAAUGGCAGCACCUAGGCCUAUUUUCCUCUCAUCCGCUCCUACAAUUGCAGUGCAUUGCUGACCGGUAAUAGCCAAGGAUACUGACAAGUGAUCGGUGCUGCAGUCAGGCUUCAUUUGUGGAAACAGUGUAGAAAAUUUUGUGUGCGCAUGCGUGUUGAGUGACGACGAAGGGUAUUCCUCCCUCCAACGUGAGUGCUGAGGGGCUGUGCGCAGCGCAAGGCAUAGCUUGCCCCUUCAACACAGAUCUCAUCUCAUCUCAUCUCACGCCGAGCUGUCUGUCUCUACAACGUGCGUUUCCAAUACGUGCUGUUCUCAUGCUGUAAGUGCGUUAAACUAGUUCGAGUGAGUGUAGAGUGCGUGCGUGUGUGCUGAGAUGACGAUAACGUCGCGUAGUGUGUCAGCCGAGAAGCUGCGCUCGCCGGAAGAGGUUCCGCUGCAGCCGUCUGCUGCGCAGUCGAGCGGCAAUGUAGCAGACACAGCCGGCGACGGCGACGACGGCGUCUGCCUCAAGGCCAAAAUGAGUCUGCUGAACGGCAUCACCGUCAUCGUCGGCAGCAUCAUCGGAUCGGGCAUCUUCGUCUCGCCGACUGGUGUGCUCGUCUCAACCGGCUCCGUCAACAUGGCACUCAUCGUUUGGACAGCUUCUGGCAUUUUCUCAAUGGUAGGAGCCUAUUGCUACGCUGAGUUGGGAUGCAUGAUUUCGAAGUCAGGGGCCGACUACGCCUAUAUCAUGGAGACGUUCGGGCCUUUUCUUGCAUUCAUGCGGCUUUGGGUGGAGUGCAUGAUAGUGCGGCCGUGCUCGCAGGCCAUAGUCGCCCUCACAUUCAGCAUCUAUGUCCUCAAGCCCUUCUUCCCAGAUUGUCAACCGCCAGAAGAAUCUUUGAGGCUGCUUGCUGUCUGCUGUAUAUUAAUUUUGACGUUUGUUAAUUGCUGGGAUGUGAAAUGGGCUACAAGAGUACAAGAUACAUUCACCUACGCCAAACUACUAGCUCUCUGCAUUAUAAUUGGUGCUGGAGUUAUGAAACUAAUCGAAGGAAAGACUCAGUAUUUCACUUUCGAAAAUACAACGUAUGAGCCUACAUCAAUAGCCCUUUCAUUUUAUUCUGGACUAUUCGCUUACAACGGGUGGAAUUACUUAAAUUUCAUAAUUGAAGAGCUUAAGGAUCCAAUCAAGAAUCUGCCAAGAGCCAUUGCCAUCUCAUGUACUCUGGUUACAAUAGUUUAUGUGAUGACAAACGUUGCCUUCUAUACAACGUUAUCGCCCAAAGAAGUGUUGCAGUCGGAGGCUGUGGCUGUGACUUUCGCCAAUGAGAUAUUCGGUUACCUUGCCUGGACUAUACCAGUAUUUGUGGCAAUGUCAACAUUUGGAGCUGUGAAUGGAAUUCUCCUGACAUCAUCAAGACUUUUCUAUGCGGGUGCAUGUGAAGGCCAAAUGCCAGAGAUUCUCACAAUGAUCCAAAUCAAGCGAUUGACUCCCACUCCAGCAGUAUUGUGCAUUGCGCUGCUAUCUCUUCUCUACUUAACUGUCUCUGAUAUUCAGGCUCUCAUAAACUAUGUUGGCUUUGCAACUUGGUUAAGUAUUGGAGUCUCCGUUUUAUGUCUUCCAGUUCUUCGAUACACUCAACCAGCUUUGAAGAGGCCUAUCAAAGUGAAUCUAAUAUUCCCAAUAGUCUAUAUUGUAGCCACCAUUCUGGUAACUGUUGUGCCUAUGAUAGCCGAACCAAAACAAACAGGAAUUGGAUGCCUAAUGAUUUUCACAAGUGUUCCUGUAUAUUUAGUAUUCAUUGCUUGGAAGAGUAAACCCAUAUUCUUCCAAAAAGCAGUUGUGACCGCAACUCGGUUUCUACAGAAAACUAUGUUGGUUGUCGGAAAGCAGAAUCCAGCCAAAGUGUAAACCAAAAUAUUCUCAUCAAUAUUGGUAUUCGCUAUUCAUCAUCAAAAGUUCAUCUCUCCAUAAUUUCAACUCUUAAUGUUGUGAGAAGAAUUUUUUUGAUUUGUUAGAUGAAUAGUCCAGCUACUGAUUGCCAUAUCCUCUCUGUGUACAUUGCCUAUCAUUGGUUUUGGCGCCGGGCCUCUACCAUUUUAUUGUAAAGCUACAAAUCAAUGGUAAUACCGUUUUACAGUAUUAUGCUUUGAUGAAGAGAAAUUAGUUGAUUUAGAACUAACUCUGCAUGUUUAACAGUAUUUUAGACUGAAAACAAACUGUUAAUACUUUGAAAUAUAUUUUUGUAUCUGUUUGCAAUUUUGUAAGAUUAUAGCAGUCGAGACAAACUUAAUGAGCAAUUGGUGGAUUUGAAGAACUCACUGUACUAAGACAGUAGGUGCUUGAAUUAGGGUACUACGUACGACCACACUUUGAAAAUAAAAUAUUACCAAAUUCGAGAAUAUUUUUAGAAAGAUGUUGCCAGUAGACCAUGCUUAAUGACAACUUUGUUCUUUGAUAAAUUUUCAUAAACUGAACAAACAAGCCUUUGAUAUUUCAAUCCUCAAUUAAACUGCAAUGAUAUGAAUACCGCAAUAUUAUUUUAGCAAUCGGAUAAUAAUGUUUUAUUUCUAGAAGAUUCAGUUCAGUUAUUUAUAAAAUGUAUGUUUUAUUUAGUUUAGGUAUUUAAAAAUCAUAAAUGUCAUAUUAUUCGAGGUGAUUUGAUUGUAAUUGAGAUACAAAGUUUUCUCAUGGUAUAACUUUGAAACACAGCCUCAUUCAGUAUCACAUGAAUUUCACAUUAAUGAGAUAGAUUAUUAUUUUUAUACGAAGCUGGACUUGCUCCUUUAGUAUUUAUUUUCACUUCUCUAAAUAAUUUAGAAUAAUUUUAAAAUUAUUUUUAAAAAUUCAAUUGAUGUGCAUCAACUUUUUGGGAUGGCCCCUCUUGAAAAAGAAAGUUACAUGUAGAGAUAAAAUUAGUAAAGAAGAACUAAUGACCGGAGGAAAUGGAAACAGUAUGAAAUAAAAUAAAUCUUUCAUCAAUAGUGAGUUUAUUCUCAACGAAUAUAAUGGAUACAUGAAUGAUGAAAAUAAAAAAUAUUUUUUUUGAGAAAACAUCAAGCUCAUAACAUUUUUACAGUUUUUACUCCGGAACAAAGUUAAUUUUUGAAAAAAACUUUUAAAACUUUUAGCGCGUUGUUCAAAUUAUACUAUUCUGCGCCUAGUCGAUGUACAUUUACAUAUAUAGGUAAUCAAAAUACAAUGUAUAUAUUUCCGAAGGCUACUCUGCACUGUUUAAUCAAGAAUGUAAUUCUAAUCUUCCUAUAGUGGAGAGUACAUAGCUAAAAUGCUGAUGAUGUGAAAAUUCAGAAAUCACCUUAGAAGUAGAAUAUAACCGACCAAUGUCAUUUUGAAGAUAUACGGUACUUCGACAUUUUGACCUUGAUGUGGCAAACAGAAUAAAUAAAUAUAUAAUUUUUAUAACUAUAUAGUUAGCUCUUAAAACCUUGUGAACUAGAAGCCAAAUGUAGCACUUCUUGGUACAAGGUGAUACAUGAUAGGGUAAAGCAUCUCACCUGAAAUAGAUAAAAAAAUUAGAAAAGGAAUAAUUAAUACACAAAAAAUCCAAAAUAGUUAUCGAGGGAGAAACUUGGAAUGUAUCAAGAAUAAAGUUCUAGGGAAAAAAUAUCUGACAUUUAAAAAAUCUUUGAUAUGAACAUUCGUUAUGUAAAAAUUGAUUGAUAAAAAUUUAUGAUAUUUUCAUAUUGAAACACAUUCCUCAUUUUAAAAAAAAACAUUUUGUAGUUCAAAAAUGUAUGAUUUACAGUACAGUAGUACGUUUUAAUAAUUUACAUAAAUUUCCUCCUAUCCCAUCUUGUAUUUCGAAGGAGAAGCUUGGUAAAUUAUUACAAGGAGAAUACAUUCCAAAUACUUUUUUCUAUAAGAAAUACUAAAUUGAUUGUAGGAGGGAAUUCUAACAGCGAAAUAUACAUGAAUGAUUGUUGAAAAUAUGAUUUUCUGAUGACCUGAUGAAAUAUUUUAUUUGCUGAAGCAAGAUCAACGUACUAAUUAUAAUUAUGAACUUGUACUUGGAGAGCUGGACUAUGAAAAUAACAAUAUUAUAAUUUUCCAACAAGGACAAUACAAAAUGACAAUAAGUGUAUUGCUUAAAAAAUUGGUUAGAUAGUUUUCCUGGUAGAGUGUUCUAUUCUAUUGGGAUUGGGAGUUAGAAAUGAUUGGAAAUUAGUUUAAAAUCUGUGUAUGAUAGGAUAGAUUUUCUAAAAAAAAUCAUAAUAAUCACAAUCAAUCAAAUUCAAUCAUAAUCAUCGUCACACUCAUAUUAUUCGAAAAAUGCAAAGUAUGUGUCAUAACAAUAGUUCAACUGAUAUACCAAUCAGUAUUAAUGAGCAUUCACUAAUUAUCAAGAAUUCAUCAAUUCAUCAGAGUGGCUAUAAUAGAAUACAUGCAAAAAUAUGUGAGUUACCUCUAUUGUAAUGGAGUGUGAGUUACCUAUUCAUUAUUUUAUUGUUUUGAAAAAAUUGAAUACUGUUAUACGGUUGAAUUUCAAAAAUAAUAUGACUUAUUAAUGUUAGCAAUAUAUUCCAAGUCGAAUUCCAAGAAAUAUUAUCGCAAUAUGUGUGUUCUUACUAUAGAUCCAAUCUACUAAUUACCUACUGUUCAUUGUCUCAUGAAUAAUAUUUAGAUGAUUUUUUCAACUAUUUGCAAGAUGAUAAUACAUCUGGUGUAUAAUCUUACUGAUAUGUUAGAGUCUCACUUUGAAUGUUGGACUGUGAACUUAAUUCGAGCACACAAAGUGUGAUAUCUGAGUUGAUUAUUUUACUUUUAGUUAUUAAUUAUUGUAGCCUAUAUUAUCCUUCGGAACAUUCCAUUUAUAGAAAAGUGAUAGAGCUGUUGAAUACGUUAGAGAUGCAACUGUGAUAACUCAUUAAGGCAUAUCUCUAUACGUGCUUCUUUUAUCAACACGUUACCGAACAAGAUGUAGGUACCGUAUACACUUAUCAAUAAUUAUAUGCUAGUAACUGAAGAUUCAAUGAUUUGAGCUCCUUUCAAACGAUUCAGUGGAUCUGAUGUAUGCAAAAGUACCACAGUUGAAUGUCUACAAACAUAUUGCAAAAUUUACAGGAACAAAUCAGUAACUUGAACUUCGGACUUAUUGCUGUUUUAUCAAAAAUUGUCAAUAUGAAAAUAAAAUGAUUAUCAGAAUGUUGUCAUG